GGAGGCACACUUGUUGAUCAAAGUUCCAAUGAGGGUCUGUGCCUGCAGACUAGGUGGACAUGGAGAUGGAGUUAGUAAACAACAUACAUGUAUAUAUAUACACUCAUGCAUAUAGCUCUAUGCAUAAUUAUACAUAUUUUACUGCAGUACUAGUAUUCGGUCAAUUAAUGCUAUAAUCCACCUCAUGAAUAUCAACUAGCUCGUCGAUCCAUAUCAUCAACGCCGCUUAUUGAUAUGCAAAUACGAAAACGUCCCGAAAACCAAUGGUACGAUUUGAUUGGGCGACCGCUUAUCAAUAUGCAAAUAAGAAAGCGAAUCAGCUCGCCGUACACACACAAACACAACAAUCAAGCACUCGUACACAAACCUUAUCACACAAACUCACUCUAAACACGUCCACGGCCACAUGUAUGAACGUACAAAUAGCUUUAUUUUGGUUUUGAAUUCCGCGCGGUUGUUUUCGUAUGCUUAUCCUCAUCCGUUGCUUCGAGUUUGUUAUAUUUUCAUCGAAAUUCUGACAUUUUUUGCGACAAAUAGGACACAUAAAUUUAUAUGUAAAGAAAGUGAUAUUUUCGUGUCUUUUGAUUCAAGUUUUGAAUCCCCGAUAAUAUUUUUGCGGUAGAAUAUUUCUAUAUUGCUGUAGCUGUAGGCCGGAGCCAAGGCUAUAUAUCUCGGCAUGAGUACUCCUCCGAGCCGUCGCCUACGGUGGUCUCUUACUAGGGAUCUCUCGGGAUCGAGUGAUGAUGACUCAAGUUCAAGUUGUUUGUACCUGGUUGUGAAUGGGUCGAAAGCACGAUCAAAGAGAACCAAGGCAACCUACGACCACCUUUCUGGGCUUCAGCGAAGGGAUGAUAAGGUGCUGUUCACCAUGGCUAGUGGUAAGAAGGUGUGGAUGAAUGCCAAUGACAUGGAUGCUGAUGCUGUUAGUCAAGAGUUCGAUAUCACGACCAUAGAGGAUUUGGAAACCCAAGUCCAACCUCUCCUUUCAUCAACCCCAAAGACGCGACCAAGCCAGAGGAAAAGACUAAGAGUUCCAAAUGAACCCAGGACAAAUCAAAGCUGCAAAGGUGUUGUUGAGGUUCCCAUCACAAUGAUUACUUUAGGGAACCCCAUGAAAUUACUGAUAAAAUGUAACACAAACAGAGUGGAAAUGUAUAAGCAGGCCUUGUUGGACAAUCCCAAUAUGAACAUACCAAUCCUGCCUGUAAUGACAGAAGAUGAAGCAUGGGAUGAGGAAACUGCAGAAGAGUCUCAAUACAUGCUUCUUGGUGGCUGUAAUCUCCUCACUGCAAUCAUCGACUUGGCAGGGGAUGACAAAUUUGCACAUUUGAGAAGAUGUAAAGUUAGGGUACAUGGAUCUCUAUCCAUGGGAGAUGCCCUCCACAUAGGUGCCCUAUUCCAGCAGGAACAGGGACUUCUUGUUGAUGAGGCUCCAACCCUCCAAGCCAAGGUGGCAGUAUGUAGACGUUUACUAUAUAGCAUGCAUGAGCUUGAUGAGGACGCUGAUGAACCACCAGCCAUUGUCCAAAAUACUUGGAGGAAAAGGGCAGCAGCGGCAUUGGGUUGCUUGUCCUCCAACCCUAAGGAUCGAAAGAAAUUGGAAACAACAUUCCAGCUAGCUCUGUACAGUCGGAGGUGCUAUGUGAAACUGGAAAGGAUGUUCGAGCUACAUGAAGAAAAGCAUGGGAAAGCUCUGAAGCAAACUGUCUUCAUGCAUCUUCAAGGACUGAAAGAAGAGGAGAAAUAUGAGUUACUCACCAAGACAGUGAAUGGAGAAAUUCAAUUGGACAACAUGAAAUCAAGGGCUAAAUUUCAGAAAGGACUUCACACAGUGCAGCGUGAGUUCCAGUUGCUCACUAAAAAAAGGACUUGGGAUGAAUGUAAGAGGGCAUACCCUGAAUAUACCACAGAUUCUGCCUUAGGCCAGUUUAUUGGCAUGAACUUCAAAAAGUCUAUACCAAGAGAAUUUUUCAAUUUCGUACAAGAGGUGAUGGACUCACCAAGUGGCACAACCACCUCAUCGAGUUUGAGACUAUGUCCUGUCUCCCUUACUGUCCUUGAAGUGGAUGGAACAACUGGAAUAAAAAAAGUGGCUAAGGACUUGAAAGAAGGAACAACAAAUGUGGUUGUGAUUACAGAUGGGAUCAUGGUGGCAUCGAGAUGGCAGGAGGCAUUGGAGCGAGAGGGAUUCUCAAUGUGUCAAGAAAGUGUGAUUGUUGGAGAUAAUAAAGCUCGCUAUGUGAUUGCAGGAACAACUGCAAAUUUGAGUCGUGGACUGGGCAAUAUUCUACCAGAGGCAACUGCAUUCCAUACCAUUUUGACAGCAUUUUCAGAUGCACAAGACAGUAUUGCACUCGCUGUACAGGAUUAUGAUGCAGUUGAGGAAGAUGCAUUGACCCUGAAUAGAAUUGCAAGAAACUUGUCCAUUUGUGGAAGGAGCUCUGGGAGUUCUGGAAGUUCGGGAAGUGAAUACGACUUCUCAGAAGCUGAGUCAGCAGAUUGAAUAUGAGCAAC